AUGAAGGCUGUAGCUCUCUUCAUUUGUCUUCUAGGAUCAGCUGUUGCUAUUCCAACCCAUCCCUUAAACUACAAACUCGGAACCCAUGGCCAGAAAACUCCAGAGAAGACUGAAGAUAUCCAUCCUGAAGCCCCAAAGGAAAAGAAUGCAGGGUAUGUAGACAAGGGUGAUUUGCUGCCCAGUCACAAAAACCUAAAACCAGAGGUAUCAGUACCAGGCACUGAGCAUGGGGAUGAGCCCCAGAUCACUAGAAAACAAGGAAGAACUGGUAGCGAGCACCAAGGGAAAAAUAGCCUAAAAAGCAUCAAUUUCCUUGCGCUGCACAAUAAACCAGGUUUGGCUUCUGAUAACCAGGAUGGUGACUCUGGAAGCAGCAGCAGAGAACAGUCCAGCUCUGAGCAUUACCAGUCCAGCAGGCAUGAGAAACACAGCAAUACAGCCAAUCGACAUGUUCUGGGCAGCGCAGAAAAUCCGGCAGAUGCACUCAGUCUUUAUCAUGAGCAUAACACAUGGAAAUAUAAUAAAAAUACAGUUGGCCUAUCUGAAACAAACAGUGAAAGUGAGGAAGAAGAAGGUGUGGAAGAAGAGGAUGAGGAAUGGGGCGAAGAAACUGAUUACAGAGAUAUGAAGCCCAAAGGCCACCAGUCAAAUCAAGGUAACCAAUACAGAAGGCAGCAAAAUGAAAACAGUAUGCAAUCUGAUGAAAUCCUGAGAGAUUCUGGUCAACCAAUCCGGAUAACCAAGAGACAUGGUGAGAAAUUUGACCUAGAAGAAGAGAGGGAGAAGAGCCAGAAGAAGCCAUAUAAAGAAGAAAUACUCCUUUCUCAAAAAACCCGUAAUGAAGAUCAGGAUGACGAGCAGCAAAGCCAAGAGAGGAAAGACAAUAUUCAAGUAAACUAUCAAAGUGAUCACGACGCAGUGGUGAAAACUCAAGGUAUGGAGAACAGUAAUGUUGAUGAUGAUAGUCACGACAGUGGUGAUGUUGAUGGUGAGGAAGAUCUCAGCAAUUCCUGGAAAGAAGCAGCCUAUGAGGAAGAGGAGACAAUCCAGAGUAAUGACCGGGAGAGAACCAGUACUGACCACAAAGGGGAAGGUACCACCGAAGAUGACACUGCAGUUCGUAGAGAGACUGAGGAUUACCAAGAUGUCAAGAUUAAAGACCUUAUUCACUCUGAAAAAGAUGAUUACAAUCGUCAGCCACCUAAUUUUGAUGGCGAGCAACAACUGGAAACAAGUAGCUCUGUUCAGAGCAUGAAUUCAAUGGGAAGUGAAGAUAAGGUUAAGACUACAGGCAGUGCCUAUGGUGAGAUGGAAAAUGCAAGCAACAGGAGUGAGAAGGCUCUCCUGGACCCAUGUAGGAACUUCCACUGCAAAAGAGGUAAAGUCUGUCACAUGGACAAACAAGGGAAACCCAGAUGUAUUUGCCAAGAUCCUGCUGCUUGCCCUUCCACCAAAGACUAUGAGCAUGUUUGUGGUACAGAUAAUAAGACUUAUGAUGGCACAUGUCAACUCUUUGGCACCAAAUGUCAACUUGAAGGGACAAAAAUGGGACGCCAGCUGCACCUAGACUAUAUGGGCUCCUGCAAAUACAUCCCUCACUGUACUGAUUAUGAAGUGGAUCAGUUCCCCCUCCGGAUGCGAGACUGGCUUAAAAAUAUCCUUAUGCAAUAUUAUGAACGUGAUCUGGAUACUUCUGGAUUUCUAACUGAAAAGCAAAGGAGUAAGGUCAAGAAAAUCUACCAGAAUGACAAGCGCCUUGUGGCUGGUGACCAUGCAGUUGAGCUGCUCCUGCAUGACUUUGAGAAAAAUUAUCACAUGUAUGUGUAUCCUGUGCACUGGCAGUUUCAUCAGCUUGAUCAGCACCCUGUUGACAGAUUAUUAACACACUCAGAAAUCGCGCCUUUGAGAGCUUCCCUUGUUCCCAUGGAACACUGCAUAACCCGUUUCUUCCAAGAGUGCGAUGGAGACCAAGAUAAACUCAUUGCUUUUAAGGAAUGGUGCCACUGCUUUGGGAUUAAGGAAGAAGACAUAAAUGAAAAUCUCCUGUUCUGA